AUGAAGUUCAAAGUGUCGUUGUGGGAAAAAAAUGGUCACACAAAAAUAGUAACAUGCGUCGCGUGGAAUUCCGCUGAAGAAAUAUAUUCUAUUGGUGAAGAUCAUGUUUUACUUUGUUGGCAUUUGGACGGUAGUUCGGCUCAAACGACAAAAAUUGCCGAGUUUCCGGAGGAUUUUUAUCCGACUGACAUGCAAUGGCAUCCUCGAGCGAUACAAAACACUGGAACAAGCAUAAAAAAGCAAUCGCACGACGUUGUUCUGAUAACCACUGCAGACGGCAAGUUUUACUUGGUCAACAAGAGUGGAAGGAUUGAAAAGACUGUUGACGGCCACAAGGGCGCCAUUUUGAGAUGUAGAUGGAGCUACGAUGGUUCUGCGCUUCUCACUGCCGGAGAAGAUGGAGUUAUUAAAGUGUGGUCCAGAAGCGGAAUGCUGCGCUCUACAGUGGUUCGUAGCACCCACGCAAUUUUGUCAGCCGUCUGGAGCCCAGACUCUUUAAAUAUUCUUUACUCUCAAGGCUCGCAAUUGGCGCUACAGCCCUUGAAUUUUAGCUCUAAAUCCAAAAAGUGGUACGCCCAUGAAGGAUUAAUUCUCACUGUCUCUUGGAACCGUAACAAUAAUUUCAUAAUCUCUGGAGGUGAGGAUUGUCGGUAUAAAGUUUGGGACGGGAAUGGGAAUUUGUUAUUCACCAGCGCUGCAGCAGAGUAUCCGAUAACUUGCGUAGAAUGGUCUCCCAAUGGGAAUUAUUUUGCUGUUGGUUCCUACAACACCAUCAAACUCUGCGAUAAAACUGGGUGGUCACAUUCAUUGGAAAAAGUAAACACUGGAAGUAUCUACAGCAUCGGUUGGUCCAAUGAUAGCACUCAGGUAGCCAUGGGAUGUGGAAAUGCAGCUGUUUUGAUGGCUCACGUUAUAGACAGGCGGCUUGAAUGGGAAAACUAUGAAGCGACAUUGAUUAAAAGAAAGACAAUUCAGGUGAGAGAAAUAGGAAACAACAGUGGAGUUGUUGAGAUGCUCGAGAUAUCCGACCGAGUUGUUCAUAUGGAAUUAGCCUUUAAUUAUCUGGUUGUUGUCACGACAAAUCAGUGUCACAUUUAUUCCUCGACAAACUGGAACACACCAGUGAUAUUUGACCUGAAAAAUUCAACAAUAUCUGCAGUUAUUCUAGCUGAAAAGCAUUUUUUGCUGAUUGAAUGGAAUGUAAUGACGCUGUACAGCUACCAAGGACGGUUACUGAGUGUCCCUAAGUGGAAAGGAAUGACUCCAGACGAGGCACUUUAUCCUCCUUGCAUAGCACUUUGCUCGGAUACUCUCGUUCUUCUUUUUUUCUUUAUUAUAAUUAAUUUACUGGGAAUUUCAGUGCUGCAUAUUUUAGAAUUGUCGAGCAAUAAACCGGUCAAUGAAACCCACCCGCAUCUACAUACCUGUAAUGUCAAUGAGAUAGCGAUUAAUAGAAUUGGAGGAGCUCACGAUCGACAGCUCGCUUUUAUUGACGUCACAAGAGAUUUAUUUUUAAUAACAAUACGUUCUAGUGGGUUUGGCCGUAUUUGUAAGAUAGCGGCAAUGGCGCAAAGUAUAAGCUGGGCGAUAGACGCAAAUGUACUGGCAGCCAUGUUGGACGCAACUUUGUCUAUUUGGCUGUGUCCUAACUGCGUUCAUUACAGCGAUAGAAAAAUAAUCCGUCGUACAAGAAUAGACAAAGAAAACAAUGAAUUUGGUAAACAACCGAGUAUCGUAAAUGUUAAAAAUGGAAUAGUGACCGUGAGACGCGGUGACGGAGCACUGAUUGCAGUAUCAUUUUACACAUUCUUCACGACACUUCAUCACCAUGUUAUGAAUAAUAAAUGGCAAGAUGCGUUAUCUCUUUGCCGAAUAACCCAAAAUGAUAUUCUUUGGACGUGUAUGGCGGUAAUGGCUACUGAAAAUAAGCAACUGAGCGCCGCUGAGGAAGCCUAUGCCGCUAUUGAACGAUACGACAAAGUCGAUUACAUUCAGUAUAUAGAUAAAAUUUCCAACAAGACUGAAAAACUCGCCGAGAUGUCUCUUCUCGCAGGUGAUUUGCUCGCUGCUGAGGGUAUUUUACUUCAACACGGAUUUAUCGAUCAAGCUAUUCGAAUUAAUAUUCAAAUGUACAAUUGGAGUAGAGCACUUGAACUUGCGGUCAGACACAAAAAACAAGUUGAUCAGGUUUUAGAAGCGCGAGAAAUGUAUCUCAAGUUGCUUGACAAAAAAGAAACUAAUCCCAGUUAUAUUUCUUUGAUUAAAACAACUCGAUGUAAAUCAUCGAGCAAUAUAAUCACAGAAAUGGAGGUAGAGGCUGAUGAUGAUGAUAAUAAUAAUAAUAAAUCUGAUGACGAGGAUUAA